UUAUGCCUUUAAAUAUGAACCGAACACCACUUGGAGAACAUACAGGUUUUGCUAACAAUUGUUGAACGAUCUCUGUUAAAAGCCGUCACCAUGAAGUUAUCGAUUGAAAAAUUAUUAUCAGUGGUUAUUCUGUCUAUUGUUUCAUUAUCGCAUGUCAAGGCUGCCACCAAAGUUACAGUUACCGAUUUUUACGUAGACGUCCCAGACAACGAGUUGGUCGAUUCAUGGACUCACAGCCUAGCGGAUAAUCUUAUUUCUUCACAGAUUUUUGUCAAACAGGAUUGUCCAGGUGAAAUAGAGGCCGAUAUAAUGGUUUAUAAAGGCGAUGACAUAGUUAGUCAAAAGAACAAGAAAUUUGAUAAACCAAUGAAGGACUUCGAAAGCUAUGAUAUUUGUGCGUCGAUGGAAACCCCAGAUUUGGAAGAUGAUUCGUGCUCUGUCGCACAGGGUGAACAAACAGCUUCAGAUUGCGAUGUAAGCGAUUGGUUCAGCAGUAUGAAACCCGGAGAUUAUGUUGCAAAAUGUGAUUUCAAGCAAGGUGACAAGCUAAUUUCUAGUGUCACACUAAACGUAAAAGUAGAAGCUGAGCAGUAAUAAAAUAUUUGAUUUCGUUCGAAAUUACACUAUCAGAUAUCCUUCAACGUUUAUAUUUAUUAUAUCCUAUGCAUGAUUGUAAUUAUUACUUACUUAAUGUUGUAAAAGUAACUCCUAUUUUCUUUGGAUAAUAAAGAUAUUACCAUA